GCCAACCCCUUUCCGCCAUUAAAAACCAUUUCACGCUCCUCUCCCCAGUAACUGUAAAAGAAGAAUGUCCAACAAUUCCCCAGUUUUCCCCUUUCCCCAAUCUCAACAUUUCAGCGAUUAUGGCUUCGAUCCCCAAAUCGACUACUUUCAGGUUUUGGAAGAAGCGAGGAAGCACAAGAAAGAAAACUCCUCCAUUGACAGUAUUCAGUUCAAGCUCCAGAAACCCAUAUCGAAGGACGACCUGAUUCGAAGAACCACUCUUCACGCGAAGAACAAGAAGAAGAAGCGUUGGUUCUGGUGGAAAAACGCUUUGCUCUUCUUCAACUGGCGGAAAUGGCCAGUCUCCGCCGUCGGACGACGCGGCAGCCAUUACGCCGGCGACGACGGUGACAUGGGAUUCGACGAUCGCGACGUUCACAUUGCGAGGGCUAGGAAUUUUCGCGCCUCCGCGGGUUCGAUAUCGGGUCCGGUUUACGUGACGGAGAGCCGGAGCGGUUCGAGCACGCCGUACCGGACGAUUAGACCGUCGUUGACGCUGACGCCAGCGAUUCCGUAUCUGAGUCUACGGGAGCUUACCAUGGAACGGCAGCAGAGGAUCGGUACCUCUUCCAUGUCGGGUCCUAUUUACUUGGUCACGUGAUUGUUAUUAUCCGUAUGAAAAUAUAGAAAGAGAGAGGAUCAUCCUAUCGUGAUGGAAGAAAAUGAAAGAAAGUUCCUUUUUUUUUCUUUUAAUCAGAUAUAUAUUUGGGAGAGAUUUGAUUUUUGGGCCCAUCUGGCCCUACGAGUUUUAGAUGGGUUGAUCAUCUAUAAAAAAA